GAAAUUUGCAGACUUCUUUUUCCUUCCAAAUUUCAGCAGGCUACAGACGUUUCGUUUCGUGAGUGGAACUGGAGAAUUAGUGAUUUGGAGGUCAGGUAGUUCAAUUGUGCUGUUAGGGGAAUGUCCUACAAGUUUUCUUGUGUACAAUCAACGAAGUAAACAUAAUCCAGGGUUUAGUUAGGCCAUUUCUUCGACGGCCCUCCACUGUGCAAGUGGUCGUCCAGUUUUAAGACUUUGAAUAGAGUGUAUGCUGAUUAAAUGGAUGUCACCCCGUUCAAGCUAGACAUUGAUGAGCUAAUACAUGAAUUCUCUGAUAGAAAAUCAACAACUUUGGUUGAUAUGAAGAAAAUAUGGCUAUCCCGGAAGUUGUCAUUUAUUUACGAGGGUAGGCCUAGGAACAACGAGGCCUUUUUCAUGCAAUCAUUAUAUGCACAUUCAAUAGGUUACAUGUUAUCUAAAGAUUCAUUUUCACAGAGAUUGGGUGGCUUUUACUGUCUAUAUUGCCUUUGUGAAACCCAGCCAUUCAAGCCUCCUUUUAGGAUAUACUUGUCUCUUGGAGAAUUGCAGAGCCUCAAAUGCCUUGUGGUUGAAGCAAAAAAACAGGAAAUUUUGGUUGUACCUGCUUUGGUAAAAAAGAUGCUGGACAAGAAUACGUUUCUGUUUGGUUUUGUUGACAUAAACGAGAGUUCAGUAAAUGAUAGGCUUAAUGCAAUCAAUGAUCUUCAGAAUACCCGCAUGCAAGUUGCAUGUAAAACGUUAUUGACAAAUACACAAAUUGAAAGGUUUCUGCACAUGGAUUUGGGUAUGGAACUUGACCAGAAGGUGCUGAAGAAAAUGUCAUCAGAAUAUUCUGCUGCUAAAGAACUGGCCAUCAAGGAGGCUGAAAAGACGGUGGAUAUUGAAAACAUAAAGCACAUAACAGAAAAUAGGAAGCUGAUCGGAGAUGUAGUGGAGAAAAUGGCGGAAAGCUGGAACGCCCAGAAGGAAGUUUUCUACGAACAGACUGGAAUCAACCGCACUGGAAAUGAAGGAGAAAGGCAAGUCGUGUUACAGGGUGAACUGGACAAGUGCUUGAAUGAAGAAGGUCAAGAUACUGAUGAGGAUAUCGAUAAAGAGUUCAGACACCUUCUUGGUUAGAAGUUAGCUUCCUCGUAUAGACCGUGAGAUUUUUAUUCGACCUACUAAUAAACAAUUAUGAGCUUCUUUUUCUUCUGUCCUUUUUUCCUUAUUUUUUUUGUGUUCUUCCUGUAAUUAAGUUCUCGAUCGAGUAUAAAUGUAUUAUGGAUUUGAUGAUUACACUUUUUUUCCAUGUUUUUCUUUAGAUAACUAAAUAGACGUACACAGAACUUAAUAUAAAUAUUAACCUAAAUC